CGCCUUUAUCAUUCUCCUACAACGCUUCCAGUGUCCUCUUAGUCGGUAACCCCGCCCAGUCGGUGUAACCCGUACAGAUAUCGAACAUCUACCAGGUGGCCAUAACAUACAGUCUCGUAGUGAUGACGAAAUAGAUGUCAAACGCGUUUUCCCCGAUGGCUUUUGCCCAGGCUGUCACGCUUCUGUGAAGACUUUUUGAAUUAUGGCUUUGAAUCAUCUGAGCUUGCUGCGGCCUCUCCUGUGUCAGCCCCUGCUGCGACAUGUCAGGUCUCCGCUCACAUCCAGAGUCAGCCUUAGGCCUCUUCUGGCUCCUGACGCCUUCCACCACCCUGCUCCUGCUGUAUGCAUCAGGCUCUACGCCACCAAAAAGGCCAAAGCCAAGGCAAAGGGCCAGUCAGGGAAGGUGAACAUUAAUUCAUCUCUGGUGGAAGACAUCAUCAGUCUGGAUGAAGUGAAGGAGGACAUGACCACUGUUCUCGAUUCGCUCAAAGAUGACUUCACACGAAACCUCAGCAUCCGAACCUCGCCAGGAGCUCUGGAUCACAUUGUGGUGACGACUCAAGAUGGGAAGUUCCCUCUCAAGCAGCUGGGCCAGAUCUCCAUGAAGUCACCUCAGCUCAUUAUGGUCAACAUGAGCAGCUUCCCUGAAGCUACAGCAGCGGCCACCCGUGCCCUCAGAGAGAGCAGCAUGAACUUAAACCCAGAGGUGGACGGGACGAUCAUCAAGGUGCCCGUUCCCAAAGUGACUCGGGAGCACAGGGAGAACCUGGCCAAGGUAGCCAAACAGCUCAGCAACAAGGCUAAAGACUCACUGAGGAGAGUGCGCUCUAAUGCUGUCACACAGGUCAAAAAAGCAAAGGAAGCACACUCAGAGGACAAAAUACGACUUGUAGAAAAACAGAUUCAGCAGAUGGCAGACAACAUUGCAGCAGACAUUGACAAGCAUCUUGCAGCCAAGACCAAGGAGCUGUUAGGCUGACUGUGGAACUUGUUAUAUGUGUCACUGUGAAACAGAGGACACUCUAAAAAGCAGCAACAUAUCCUUCUUUUUUUCAUCUUGUUAAUAGACAGUGACUGGAUCAUGUUGGGGAGGUAGUUUUUGUUCAAACUGCAUCUUGGGCUCUUGUUCCUGCCCACAUCACUGGGUAAGACCACCUUCUUCUUUUUCUUUUUUUCUUUUUUUUUUUUUUUUUGCUGCGUCGUGAUAUCUGCAUAAACAAAAACUGGUACAAAAACGACAACAGACUACCCGUCACCUCCCUCCUCCCUUGUUACUCUUCCUGUCUUCAAACAAACAGCGAGAAAGCAACGAAUGGACUUUUAAUGGGAUUUGUGGGCCUCCUCCUAAUCAAACCCUUUGCCACAGGGCCUGUCUGUUUAUAUAAAAGCAAGCGCACCCGUCUCAAUGUAAACUGGCUGCGGGUUUGUCUUGGUGGCAAGAGCAAAAGCGAGUUUGUUCCAGAGACAUAGGAGUCGACCGAACAGAUGCCAUUAAGAUGCUGCCAAACAUUUGUUUCACAUUGAUUCCAAGUCUGUUAAAAUGCACUUGAGGGGGGAAAAAAGGGGGCCUUUAAUUUCUGUCCAUGUUGAGGAUUGAUAAUAUGGCUACUCUCUUCUUUAAACACAAUAAAGUUGGGAACGUAACAUUAUUGAUGGAGUCCAUUAAAGAAACGCUGCUUUGUA